AUGGAUCUGAAAGUCAUCUCUACCUUUCUCUGCUUUGUCCUGCUUCAUUCAUCAAAAAUAUUUGGUGAUAAUUUCACAAAUCAAAGUGAUUUAGAAAUUUAUAUAGUACAUCUUGAAUUUCAUGAUCAACCUUUCUCAAAUUCCAAAGAUGUACUUCUCUGGCAUCAAUCAUUUUUGCCUACAAAUUUGAAUCACUCAUCGCGCAUUCUAUAUUCUUAUCGUCAUGUGUUCAAUGGUUUUGCUGCUAUGUUGUCGUCAGGCGAAGUGAGAGAAAUGGAAAAGAAGCCUGGUUUCUUGUCAGCGCGUCCCGAACGAAUAUUUCAGUUGCACACCACACAUAGUCCAAGUUUCCUAGGCUUGCACCAGAAUGUUGGUUUGUGGAAUGCAUCAAAUUCAGGUAAAGGUGUGAUUAUUGGUUUAUUAGAUAGUGGAAUUACUCCUCAACAUCCUUCGUUUAAUGAUAAUGGAAUGCCUAAUCCACCACUUAAAUGGAAAGGUAAAUGUGAGUUUAAUGUUACAAAUUGUAAUAAGAAGCUUAUUGGAGCAAGAAAUUUUGUGCAACCGAAUACGUUCCCUACAGAUGAAAUUGGCCACGGAACACUUACCUCAAGCAUAGCUGCGGGGAACUUUGUGGAUGGUGCCAAUUAUUAUGGUAAUGCUAAUGGCACGGCUGUUGGCAUUGCGCCCCGAGCCCAUGUGGCCAUGUACGAAGUCUGUGAUGCAAUUUUUUGUAGAGAAUCCAAUAUUAUAGCUGGUUUUGAUGCUGCAAUUGAAGACGGUGUAGAUGUGAUUGCCAUUUCAAUUGGAGCAACUCUGCCUCAGCCUUUUUAUGGUGAUGCUAUAGCUAUUAGCACGUAUAGAGCGAUGGAGAAGGGGAUUUUUGUAAGUUCCUCUGCAGGAAAUCAUGGACCAGAUAGUGGUACUGUGAUGAACGGGGCCCCGUGGAUUCUCACAGUUGGUGCUAGCACAACAGAUAGAAAGAUAAGCGCCGUUGCAGUUCUGGGUAACGGAGCUGAAUAUGAAGGUGAAUCAGCCUUUCAACCAACGAAUUUUUCGCAAAAAUUGUUACCACUUGUGAAUGGCAAGGGUUGUGAAUCAUUGAAUUCAAGCAAUGUCAAGGGUAAAAUAGUGGUGUGUGAUAGAAGCGGUGGCUUGUACUCUAGAAUGAGCCAAGGAAGAUUAGUGAAACUUGUCGGUGGUGCUGGCAUGAUUCUCAUUAAUAAUAAGAGACUUGGCUCUACAACAUUCUCAGAUUAUGAUGUCGUUCCCACGACACAGGGGACCAUUUAUGCCGAGUCAGGGCAUACUGAAGCCUGA